GGCGCGCUGUAAGGAUAGCUAUUUGAAAUUAAAAUGGCGGAAAAGAAGGCUGAAGUUGAGCACGGCUGCGCACGCAUCGAGGCAGACGAAACCUCAGUAGAGGUCCCGUCUACGGUCCAGACUUCAAAAAGAUGCUCCUCCCCAAUCCCCGAGUCGGAACCUCCUCUCAAGUGUCACCGGACCGACUCGACAUUAUCUACCACACAGAUGACAGAUCCUGGAGACGAACAGUCAGAGAUGAUGAAACAAGAAAUGGAGGCACUCACAGAAAAACCCGUAAAUCCCCGUGAACAGAAUAAAUCCUGGAGGAGAAACACCAUAACCCGACGCUCCCUCCCUGCCCUUCCCAACCCAUAUGAGACUUUGUGCAGAAGCAUAAGUCCAUCAUUAUCACAACAAGAGAGACUUGAAAAACUGCUGGAGGCUUCAAUGGAGAUGGCACUAGAAAGAACUCAAAAUUCACUUGAGUCAUUUCCAAAAGCUUCACUGGACUCCUUCCAAAAACAAGUUGAAAACAUCAAGAUGGAGUGGAGCUGCUUAACCAAAAAUACAAGCAAUGAACCACAUAACUUAUCUUCGAGUCAACCCAAUUGCAGUCAGCGUGCUGUGCAAAGAGACAUGGAAAAUGUCCAGAAAGCAAUCAGCAGGCUCAAGGCUGAAAGUGAGUCUUGGAAGGCCCUGAUGAACAAACACAAGGAAAAAGCAGAGGAACUGGAAAAGAAGGUGAAGAUGGGACAGGAGACGGGUAUACCUCUAAACUCUACGUUAACAGUCCAGUCCUCGCAGAACUCUGUCAUACAGAGUAAACCCAACUACCACAAUGUCCUCUGUAGGCAGCGACCCAUGAUGCAUACUAUGGCCAUGAUUAUGGACACUCAGUGUAAAAUGAUACAGCAGCUACUUACCAUCAAGGAGCAGUCACAGCUGUUAGUUAAAAAGACCAGUGUCCAAUUAGCUGAGGAGGCCGGAUUCCAGGAGCUUUCAUCGAACCUUCUUAAGAAUCUGAUGUCGGCACCUUUGCAAAAGGCAACUACAUAAACAAUAUGUCCUCAAUAGAUGAUGCUUCUGUACAGCUGAAUCCAACGAUUGUUAAAAAUGUACAUUCUUGUGCUUUUAUAUCAUUUUCCAAUUUUGUUGAUUUUCCUGUCCUGUUUUGUUAAACAAAGAGAGAAAAUAACAUUUUAUGUUAUGCUCCAACAUUAAACAACUUUAAUGGCAGUGGCAAAUUAUACAUGGAUUUGACCAGCAGGUGGCAGUGGCUAGCUAUUCACACAAUUGUAUUAAAGGUGGUGAAUUGCUUGAGUAGAUUAUUCUUUUGGCCUUAAGAGCAUUUUCAUCUGUAAAUCCUGAAACUGUUUAGACCCAUUAGCAAAUGUUAAAACUUUGCCACCAUCCAGCUAAGUAUAGUCCCUGUUUUUGGUAUUAUCAAAUUAAACGAUAAUAAUAAUAAUUAAAAAAAACAGCCACAUUGUCUUAAAAGUGAUUACCAAAGUAAGUUGAUAACUAUCACAAUUAAUAUUGAGGCUAUAAAAAAUUAAUAGUUUUGACAAUAAGAUAUAUUUUAUGUAUUCGAUGCUCUGUUUAACAUGAAUAAUAAUAACACCCCAAAAAAUCAACGGUAAAUCCCUGAAAGUACCAAUGUGAUGACAAUGUUAGUUCAAAAAGCAAUGACGUAGCUUAAAUUGUGAAGCAUUUCGAUUAUAUUCUUGUUGAACUAUUCAAGUAAAAAAAAAAGAAAGAAAACUUUUCUUACUUUACACACAUUCUUCAGUAUAUACAGAAACCCUAGAGGCUCACCCCCUGUCACACUUACUCCUGUUUGGUGCUGCAUCUAUUGCACUUCAUCAGUGUCCCCUGACCAUACAGAAGGAGGCCCCUCCCCCACAGUGACUCACCCCCAUCUCUUGCUUGGCUUGGUCACUGAUGCAGAACGAAGCCUUGACAUUGUACCAGUCAGGCAAAGCUUCAUUUGCCAUCUCUCAAAUCUCUUGGACCAAUUCAUUAAUUAACACGUAUGCUUAAUUUGUGCCUCUCUUGAUUGCAGCAAUAAGAGUUCUUAUUUUCCCCCUCCACACGAUACGAGUCUAUAACUUUGCACUGGAGUUACGAUCCCCAGUGUGGUUUCUGGAGGAUUUUCUUGUGGCUUUAUUCGGGGGAGUGAUUGCAGAGCAUAUGGAGAAGCAAGGAGAAAAAUGUAGGGCUUUGACCAUGAGAGUUGCUAGUAAGGGAAGAUGGUGCACAGCAGGAUAGAUCGAUUCUUAUUUAGAUGAAAAUGAGGCUUGAUGCUUGUGGGGUGAGAGGAGGGCAGCCUUAGCAUCCAAAUGAGUAAAGGUUUCACAGAAAUUGUUCUUAAGUGAAUCACCAACAAUAAUAAAAAAAACUUGACAAAGUCAA